AUUUCCUUUCUUGUGUAUGCCCUAUAUAAUAAUAUGAGUCAAAUUUUGCCCCAACUGUUCGCCAUUUGGAAUUGGACACCUUAAGUGGUUUGUAGGCGCUUUCUCUCUAUGUAUAGGAGUCUGGGAUUAGAACAUUUGAUUAUGGAAGGCUCAACUGACAAUGAACAUAUGUCUGAGGAUUCCUGUUAUGAAUCUGAAUCAACUGAAUUAAAGUCAACCAUACGGUCUAAUCAACGUUUAAAUUGUACAGGGGCCAGGCCAAAAACAAGAGUGAAAUACACUGAAUUAGAAAUAAGACGUCAAAUUGAUGCAUCAAAGGCAUGUGAAAAACUUCAAAAGAAAUUUCAUGUCAUAGGGUGGCCAGGAUAUAAAAAAAGGGAAUUAGUUAUUGUUAUUUUUUCAACUAAAUCGAUUUCAGACUUCCCAGAUGGCUUUGAAACUUUCAGAGUUAUCUUGAUAACAGACAAGGAAAAUACAAUGAGCAUUAGAGAAGCACCAACAUUAUUAGCUGAUGACGUGAAAUAUUGUCGACCAAUCAUAGAGAAAUAUGGUGCAGAGCUGAUGGAAAAUCAUUCAAAUAUAUCAAUGAUCAUUCCUACCGCCUACAGAAUUAAACAAGGAAAAAUAUUAGCACACGUUUGCAUUGCUAUAUACUGCAGAGGGAAAGGUGUUAUUCCUCUGCAAGAAAGUUUAUUUCCAAAUAACCUUGACGGUGUAGACAUUGACGUAAGGGAGGGGUACUGCACGUUUGGAAUGCGGAAUGCUGAACUUCUGAAUAGUCAUGAUUAUCAUGAAAAGCUUAGAAUAGGUGUUGAAAUUGGUUGGCCAGGAGGAGCACAAGGUACUCUUGGAGGUUUCAUUAAAUUGCAAACUGGACAGAUGCUUUUUCUUACAUGUGCUCACGUUGUUAUCAAUUUUAAUUGUUUAGUCAGUUCUGAAAACUAUCGAUUCAGCACACAUAACAGGUGUUCCACUUGCAGUAAUUUCAAUGUAUGGCAACCACCACGCAUCAGUUUUAAACCAGCCGUGGGAGAAGUAUGUAAUGCAGUUUUCAAAUAUAAUCAGCCAUAUACCACAAGUGUUGAUGCAGCUUUUGUAGGUAUAACAGACCAAAACCGUAUUCCUAUUGAUCCCUUUAUGACGAAACAACAAGCCACUACAUCAAAGCUACGUGGAGCUGGGUUUACAGAAGAAAAUCCUCCACACUUUUCAAGUGGAGAAAUAAUACCCCAAAUGGAUGAACCACGUAUUGGACACAUGGUUGUAAAAUGUGGAGCUGUUACAGGACUCACUCAUGGCCAUCUUGCAUUGGACGGCAGCAUAUUUAGAAUGGAAAACCAAGAAAUGCAAAUGCCGGGGAUUGCAGCUCAGCGCAGCCCACGAAUAGUCAUGUAUCGUCAAUAUCUUGUAGAACCCUUGGCUAAUCAUUCAUUUUUUGAAAUGGGAGAUUCUGGAAGUCUUGUAUUUAUGCAUGAAGGAAGAUCUCUAAAGUGCAUUGGCAUGGCUAUUGGUAAUACAUCAUAUGGAGGUUGUAUAGUUACACCAAUAGAAGCAAUACUUGAGGCUUUUCAGAAUUAUUACCAUUUUGACGACCCGCCUUUUUACCCUUUUGAUAACAAAAGAGAUGAUGAUGAUGAUUUUGAUCAUGGUGGUAGUGAUGAUAAUGACGGUGAUGAUGAAAAUGAUGGUUUUGAUCAUUAUCAAAAUCGUCGUCAAAAGCCAAAUCGUAACAAAUACCGUUCAAACAAAGUAUUCAAUGAUCAGCGUACAGGAAUGCAUUAUAAUGCUUCAAACACUCGACAAAAUUAUGAAGGUUCACGAAUAAAACGGCUGAGUAACCAGGGACCCAUGACAACGCCGUUUGCCCGGAGUUUUUCUGAAAAAAUUGAUUCUGAGGAUAAAUUCGGGUCACCAUCAGCUUCUAAAAGAAAAACAGAUAAUUGGCAACGAGCAAACCCUUUUUUAAGAUCACCUUUUUUUGAUUCUGAAUCUUACACCGAAAAAGGAUUACAUCGAAUAUUGCAAACAAAAUCUGGCAAUGACAUUCCAAAUGAAUCAGAUGGCAAUACUGCUUGUGGAAAUGAUUUUGAUACAUUUCUAUCAAAUGAAGACCUUAGUGAUAUUGAAGGCAUCAGUAAUAUAGACAAAAAUGUAUUGGAAAUGAAAGACAAAAAAGGAAAAAAACACAGAAGUGCUCAAAAGCAAUUUGAUAUCGUAAAUCGUUUAGCCAGAUUGCAGUCUGAAGUUCAGUAUCGUACUCAAACAACAAUGUUGAAUGUAGCUGGAAAUGAACAUGUUGUUUUUUCUUCUGAUACCGGUAUAUCAAUUUUCCCAAGAGGUGAGUUACAAAAUAUUAACUCACAGCAACAUGCAUUACUGGAACGUAGUCAAGAGAUUUUGCAGAACGUUUCACAGAAAACCAAGCAAAAUGUUUUUACACUGAUUUUGAUAUCGUUUAUCUUUUCCUUUCUGAAUCUAUCACUCGGCAGUGAUCAGGGCACGCUUGCUACAAAUUACGCCGAAGUAUUAAAAACAGUUGCCAAAACUGAAAAGGAUACUUGAUCCGAUUUUGUAUUCAAUUUGACAAAGAACUCUGAAACGAUGUGUAUUGUAAUAAAUCUUAUGAGGCUUUGGAUUACAGCCUGUGAAAUUUAAAACCUUUUAUAAGGUCAACUGAAUCACUCAGGUGACCUAAAGCAAUUGGUCUUCGUCCGUCGUCGUGCGUCGUGCGUUUCCAAUGGAAGACCUUAUUGUUCUCGUACUGUUUCUUCUUAUUUUUUUCAACAAAUUUUGUGCACGCGAUUUCUCAGAAACUAGUAGGCUGUUUUCAACCAUUUUUUUCACAGAUGAUUGUUAGAGGUCAUAAUUCUAUACGGUUUUUUUAAAUUUUGAAAUCGUCACUUCCGGUACCGAGUUACGGCCGAUUUUCUAUUUUUUACGACCUAUUUUGUGCAGAUCUGACCUCAGAAACUAUCAGAGAUAUGACUAUGAAAUUUUCAGGAUAGGUAGUGUAUAGUUUGAAAUUGUGCACUAUUGUGUUGUUUUACGCCAGUGGCCCCAUUUCUUGGAGCUCGCCUGGGCAUGGAAAUUGGGUACGAAUGUUUAAUCAAAAUGUUCAUACUUUUUGAUCUGUAUCUUUUUAUCAGUUGAUAUUUUGUUAAUACAUAUACAACAAUAGUGGUAGAGAAUCAAAAGUUCUUUCCAACAAAAUCAAAAAAGAGGGGCUGGCCCCUUUUUUAAGGGGCCAAAACCCUCGUUAACUCUAUUAAAAAUAACUUAAAAAUGAUAAUGAUUUUGCAAUACAUUAUAGAGGCGAAGUUAUUGAUUGUAACAAUUAUUUGUACCUAAAAAAGAUAAAAAAUUUCAGAUGAGUGUAAGAACAAAAAAUGUUUGUAUUCUUAAGACCGUUCCAACAAAAUCAGAAAAAAGGGUAUGGCGUCUUUAUUUAGGGGCCAAGACACUCGUUAUCUCUAUAACACAUAACUUAAAAACGAUAAAGAUUUUCGAAUUCAUUAUUGAAGCAAAGUUGUUGAUCGUAACAAUAUCCAUCAGGUAAAAUCAUUGCCACGCCCAUUUAUUACGAAAUCAGGGAAUUUUUAGGGGCCAACGUACUUAAACUUUGAAGCAAUAAAACUAGAGAAGGAGACAUAUUUUGUUAAACACUCUAGACGAGAAAAUGUCUGCAUUGAUGAUUAUAAUCGAUUACACUAAUCAAAAGACCAAUGUUUGUCCCCAUUAAGGAUCUUGAGGGCUGGCCACUAAAAUAUUCAAUCAUUUUUAUCUAUAAAAAAAAAUUAUAAAUAAUUUUAGAUAGGCGUAAGAACAAAAAAUGUCGGUAUUCGUGAGAAAUUUCGAAUGAAUUCAUGAAAAAGGGGCUGGCCCCUUAAAUUAGAUGCCAAGACACUCGUAAACUGUUUUACACAUAGCUUUAAAACGAUAAAGAUUUUGUAAUAUGAAACAAAGUUGUUGAUCGUAACAAUAUCAGUUAGUAAAACUGAUUGCCACACCCAUUGGUGACGUAAUUAGGGUCCUUAGAGGACUUAAAUUUUAAAUCUUUAUUGUGCUAGAUGUGAAAAAGCAAAACACGUUGUUAAGCAUUUAAAAGGAUAUUGACAAUCGUAUACAUUAUCUGAAAGGGAAUGGUUGAGGGGGAAUUCUGAAAUUUCAUUGAUAUUUAAUCGUAUCGUUUAGAAAUUGAACGGAAGACCUAC